AUGAGGGCUUUAUCGAAAUGGUGGAAGCUAUUUGGAAAAAAAGAGUAUGGACAUAGCAUAAUGAAGCAGGUGUGGUGUAAGUUGAAGGAUCUUCAGCAUGCUUUAAAACAGUUGAAUAGAAAAGAGUUCAAGUAUGUUGGGAAACAGAUUGAGAUGGCUAGAUUGGAGAUUGCAAAAGUUCAAGACCAACUAAAUGAACAAGCUACUAAUGAGUUGAUUGUGCAGGAAAAAGAGUUGCUAAUUAAAAUUGAAAAAUGGUCAAUGAUAGAAGAAAGUGCUUUGAGGCAGAAGUCAUGGAUAAAAUGGAUACAAUUAGGGGAUGCAAAUAAUAAGUUUUUCAGCUCAGAAAUUCAAGAUGAGUUUGUGAUGUUUUAUAAGAGUCUUAUGGGAACUUCAGCAGGCAAGCUACCAGCCAUUAAUGCUCAGAUCAUUAGAGGAGAUAUCGUUGAAGCUGUCAAGAGCUUUUUCACAACAGGCAAGCUACAUAAAGCAUUCAAUUGUACUCUAGUGUCUCUCAUACCAAAAGCUCAGAAUCCUAAAACUGUGAAAGAAUACAUACCAAUAGCUUGUUGUACUGUUUUGUAUAUGAUCAUCUCCAAAGUGUUAACUAACAGAUUACAUGGUGUGAUUCAGAGUAUCAUUUGUGAUAGCCAGGCAGGGUUUAUUCUAGGAAGGAAAAUUGCUGAUAAUAUUGUGCUUGCUCAUGAGUUGGUUAAAGCUUAUACUAGGAAGCAUAUUUAUCCUAGAAGUAUGUUGAAGAUUGAUCUGCAGAAAGCUUAUGAUUUAGUGGAAUGGGAUUAUUUGUAA